AUGUCGAGUCUCGUGAGCAGGUUGCAAAAAGCGUGCAGCAUAACCCAAGGCUUUUUGCAUGCCGUGGGACCGGGGACUUGCGUAUAUGACGAUGAUGAUAAUAAAACGGCACAGUGCAGUGGCCCGAGACCCGAACCCCGUCCUACGACCCAUCAUCUUCCCUCUAAAGCACCCGACGAACAUGCAUCCUUUCUCCGCGAGCGCGCGCCUACAAUCUUUCAGCUCACAGAACUUGCUCCUCGAAUUGUACGGCAUAAGCCCAUCAAACAUCCAUCUCCACGACUCUCUCCAGCCCAGGAAGAACUGACGGCUUGCAGUGCAAGUGUGCGUCAUGCUCAGCUCGACGGCGUCUACGUGAGCUUGACAUCUGGCGAUCCCACGCUUUGGGUAGGCGUCAUCUUCAUCCGUCAAGGUCCAUAUGCGCCUUCAAUCCUGCGAUUCCGCAUGUCCUUCCCUCUCGGCUAUCCAAGCAUUCCUCCCCUGGUGACCUUCUCAACAGACCUAUUCCACCCACUGCUUACUCCCUUGACCACGUAUACCUAUUCUACUGGUGGAACCGAUGCCGACACUGUCAGUGCUUCUGACGAAGAGAGACUACCCCCGGGUGUCUUCAGUCUACGCCAUGGCUUUCCCCACAUGUUUAACGGCGCAAAGAGGGUCACAUCGACGUCGCGAAACACGAGUGAUUCCGCUCGUCCUAUGCAAUCUCCGACCUACGCGCCUGCAAGUGGCAGUCCCUUGGACAGUAUAACCACUGAGAAUAAGCAACGUUCUUGGACGACGUCACGCUUACAGAAAUCUUUGUGUGUCACCGAGAUUCUGCAAUACAUACAGUCAAGCUUUUGCGACGAAGCCGUUCUGGAUUCAAUUCCAUUGGCAGCUGCAGCAAAUCCAGGCGCGUUCCAUGCCUGGAGGACACAUCGCGGGACUGGCCCGAUCCUAACCACUCCCGGCCAAACAGACUGUAGCAAAUCUGCUAACCCCAGGAGCAGCAUGUCAAGCAGUAAAAGUAGGAGACCAGGACAGUGGAAUUGGGAAGGAGUGUGGCAGGAGAGAGUCAGGAGAGGGACUAAGGCCAGUCUUUCUGACCCAGUUCUAUUUGCAGGCGGGCCAGACGAAAUUCAAUUUCUAGACCUAGAUGAUGUCGGCCUUCUCCGCGCAAAGAAGGAAAUUGAGGCAUCAGUCGGCGCAAUACAAGGGAUACAUUAG